AUGAUUGUAAGACUGUAUGAGAGAACGAGUGGUAAUGGGCGUCUCUCAUCGGACUAUUUGGCUUUCGGCGACUGGAUCAACGAGAUGCUUCUCAUUGAUAUGGGGUAUAAAGGCAACAAGUUUACUUGGAAGAGGGGCAGAGAGGAGAGAUUCUUCAUCGCAAAACGGCUGGAUCGAGUUUUGUGUUGCGCUCAAACACGCUUGAAGUGGCAGGAAGCUAGGGUUACCCACUUACCAUUCUUAGCCUCUGACCACUCGGCGUUGUACUUACAGUUGUCUCCACCGGCUACAGGGGAUCCGAGCAGAAGACCUUUUAGGUUCGAAGCGGCUUGGCUGUGUCAUGACAGUUUCAAGGAGCUCCUUUCGGCGUCUUGGGACCCCAACAUUGAUACUAGGAAUGCAUUGAGUAAGGUUGAGCGGGUUUUGAGAAGGUGGAAUAAAGAGGUGUUCGGAGAUGUUCAAAGAAGGAAGGAUGAGUUGGCAAAGGAGUUGAUAAGGGUCCAGGAAGACAUUGAACAGCAGCAAUAA